CGAAGAACAAUCAGACCCCUGGGUAUUUCAAGAACAAUCUCCUUAUCAAGAAGAAUUCCUCCCACAACAAGAAGGACCAUCAGAUCUUGGGUUCGCCACAGCCUUCACGGGCGAUCCGGCAGAGCCAUGCUACACUCCACAGCCAGAUCCAAACUAUCACUUGAGGCUUCUCGUGGAGCAGAUUGCUCGAGUACCUAAGAGAUCCUUUCCCGAGAUGGAUCCUCAUAUCCAGGCCAUUGCCCAAACUGACAUCUCAUUUCCCCGUGAAACAGAGGAUACCCUUCGGAGCAUAAAGGAGCACAUAGAGGUCAUUGAGAAAGCUUGUUCACAGUUUUCUCAAGACAACCUUUAUGCUGCCAAACAAGUAGAGGUGGAGGAAGAAGAAGGCAAUCAUGAGGAUGUUGAGGAGCAUACAGAAGUUGUCAAGGAAAGCUCCCAUGAUAAUCAUGAUCAAGUGUAUCCUCUGGUGGUAGAUCACAACUUUCCCCAUUUCUGCUUUGACAUGCUGGGCCCGAGCGAGGAGAUGCAAGCUGAACUUAUUGAGAACCUUGCAUGGCGACUUACUCUCUAAUCAGUUAUGGAAGAAGAAGAGAGAGAAAGGGUGAGGAAAGAAGUUGUGGAGGAUGAGGAAGAAAGCAAAGAAGAGGUAGUUCUUGAUCUUUUCCGAGGAGAGCGACCACAUUUUGAAGAAGGAAGGGGGGUUGAAGAAGCGAGUGGUGUCCAGGCUGAGGAUGAAGUUGAGGUGGAAGAGGCUUGCACCGGCCCUAUAAUACAAGUAAUAUCCCCACCAAACUUCGAGGAACUGCUUAGCAAGGACCCAUUUGCCGUGUCUCUUUGCCAGAUCAAGGUCACAUCGACAUUGGUCCCUCUUGGUGGACGCGAUGGUGGCCAAUCGAUGCUGUCAUAUCUGGUUUGGGGCAAUGGGACGAGAGAAGAGAAGAAGAGGUCUCGAGGAUGGAGACUUCAUCUGCAUCAAGUGCACAAGCUUCCAUCACCAGUCAUACCACAUGCUCGUGACUUGCGACUCCACCUCAUUGACGAGAACCUCAACUUCAAGGAGGUUCUAGCAUGGACCGAAACUUAGGAGCCAUCGUCCGGCUCACGACGUGAAAGAAGCGCUUGUUGGGAGGCAACCCAACCAGUCGGUUUGAAUUUCUUUCUCUAUUUCUCCUCGGUUGAGUCAGUUUUGUUAUUUGAUUUUAGAGUCAAUAACUCAACCUUUGUGAG